CAAACACACAGAUUAGUCCUUACAUUUCAAAUAAAGAAACAAUGUAUCACAGCAGGUCACUGAUGGAAAACCUUGUUGCCUAAAGCAAAAUGGAAAAUUAUACCAGUUUUAACUUCAUGUUGUUUGAAAAUCUUGGGUUCAUAAGAUAUGCUCUCUUCAUUUUGGGUUUUGUUCUGUACUUUGCUAUAAUACUCUUUAAUGUCCUUAUAAUGCUUGCGGUGUUUCUGGAAAGGACAUUACACCAGCCUAUGUACAUUCUGAUUUCAUGCUUGUCUAUGAACUCUUUAUUUGGUACAGCUGGAUUUUUCCCAAGAGUUCUGUCAGACUUGCUGUCUGAAACACACUCAAUCUCUCGUGAAGCAUGCUUCUUCCAGUGUUUUGUCAUUUUCACAUAUGCAGCAAAUGAGUUCUCAAUAUUAAUGUUAAUGGCGUUUGACAGAUUUGCUGCAAUUUGUAAACCUUUACGUUACCACAGCAUAGUUAGACCGAGGUUUCUUGCUUGUUUAAUAGUUACAAACUUGACUAUUCCAAUGAUUUUGCUUGCUGUUGGUUCACUUUUAACUACCAAACUGAGAAUGUGUGGUAACAAACUAACUAAGGUAUACUGCCAUACAUAUGAAGUAGUCAAGCUUUCUUGUGACAACAUCGCAAUCAACAAUGCUUUUGGCUUGUUUAUAUUAAUAAUAACUACCAUCAUUCCUUUAGGUUUAAUAUCAUUUUCCUAUGUAAAAAUUCUUAUCAUUUGUCAGAGAAGCUCAGCACAGUUCAAAGGCAAAGCUUUUCAAACCUGUAUUCCACACAUAGUGGUACUUUUGAAUUUCACAAUGGCUGUAACAUGUGAUGUCACUUUGAGUCGGGUUGCAAAUUUACAAAUUCCUGUAGGUCUGUCAGUUUUCCUUUCACUUGAGUUUCUCAUUAUACCACCAAUACUCAACCCUCUUAUUUACGCCUUUAACCUGCCUGAUAUUCGCAAAAAAAUGAUCAGCCUUGUAAAACCAUAGAGAUAGUUAUUUAGUUUGUUCGUUCUUUUUUUUUUUAGAUGCAAUAUAUAUUGCACACUCUCAUUAAAGUUGUCUUUCAUAGUACAUUGUCAUAUUACUGUACUUGUUUACUGUAACAAAACAGCAUUCAUAAUAAUUUGAAAACAAAUCAGUUGUAAAUUAAAGACAAAAAUACUGUUAUACUGUUUAUUAGUACUUAUUUGGUAUGAUCCUAUAUUAUAUCACUAAUCCUACCCCAAUAACUUAACCAAACUAUUACAUUACUAUUAAUAAACAGAAAAUCUGUAGUUUAUUGAGCUAAGUCUUAGUUAAUGGCUUUUAAGUAGCGAUAACUUUACCUUGAACUAAAGUGUGACAAUGACUUUAUAUUAUUAUUAAUAAUAUUAUAGCUAUUAUUAUUUUAAAUCUCACAGAAUAGUAGCUUUUUGUUUACAGAUUGAAUUUGCAUCCCCUCGUUUAAUCUGGCUGUUUGUUAAAUCCAAUUUACACACAACAUUGUGAAACUGCCAUUUCUCAUAUCUGUGACGCUAGUGUGUCCCGCUUAACUCUGAAAGGAAAGCAGAUCAUUUGUAAAAAUAAAAAUAUGGCAAUAAAAAUUGUUUGCUGAA